CAGGGUUGGAGUGCUCGGCCAAGAACACACUUGCACUUGAAUCGCACGGGAUGAGGAUGGCAUCGCAUCAGAGGUAGUAAAUGAUUGAGAGUUUACGUCGGCCAAAAUCUUUUUCCAUUGUGAUUACCUUGGACGAGUUUUAUUCAGAAGCUCUGGAAAUAAAUGAUCAACUGUCGAAAGACGAGCCUCACCUGAAGCUGACAAAUGGCCAUCCAGGAGUGCCACCUGACGGCUUUACUCCUGAUCUCGGUGCUGGGUGCGAUUCUGGGCUCACUGCAGGUGGGCUACCACACGGGAAAUGUCAACGCGCCCGCAAAGAUCAUGGAAGAGUUCUUCAACCAGACCUGGAAGGACCGAUAUAAUGAAACCUUGUCAGAGCAAAGCCUCACCCUGCUGUGGUCCCUCUCCGUCAGCAUCAAGGACUUUGGAUCCCUAUUGGGCUCCUUGGGAGUCAAAUACUUGGCAGACUCUUUUGGACGGCGUAACUCCAUCUUGAUUGUCAACUGCCUGUCGCUGGUGGGGGUAUCCCUGAUGGUGGUAUCCAAAGCCAUUGAAUCCUUCGAGGCUCUGAUCCUGGGCAGGCUGCUUUUCGGACUCUUCUGCGGCUUAGUGAUGAGCCUCAAUCCGCUCUACGUCCAGGAAGUGUCGCCCACCGGGAUGAGAGGCGCCUUCGCCACCCUCAACCAAGUGUCCUUUGCCUCGGGGAUCCUGCUGGGGAUGGUGUCGGGACUGGAGACCAUGUUGGGCACAGAGGAACUUUGGACCGUGAUGCUGUCCUUGUCCUUGAUCCCGGCGGUGUUGCAGUACUUCAUCCUGCCUUUCUGUCCUGAGAGCCCUCGAUUCCUGCUCCUCAACAAGGGGCAGGAGAGCAAGGCUGACGCUGCCCUGCUUAGACUGCGAGGAAGUCCCGAGCCGGUGCUGGCCGAGCUGGAGGAGAUGAAAGCCGAGGCCGCGCACACUCAGGCGUCGGUCGGAGUCUUGGAGUUUUUCCAGAAGCGAAGCUACAGGCAGCCAAUCAUUAUCGUCCUCUGCAUCAACUUGGCCAGCCAGCUGUCAGGAUUCAACGCGAUCAUCAACUACUCCACCAGGAUGUUCCAGCCUUAUUUCGAGGAGGCCAAGUACCUGACUCUCGGUGUGGGGGCCGUCAACGUGAUCUUCACUUUAGUGGCCUUCUUUCUGAUGGAAAAAGCCGGAAGGAGGCGACUGCUCCUGAUCGGCUUCAUUAUCAUCGCCGUGUGCAACCUCCUCCUGACUGUCGUAGAUUCUGUGGUGCAAACGGUGCCCGCGCUAGGGAUCCUGCAGGUCCUGGUGGUGUUCUGCCUGAUCUCGGCGUACGAGCUCGGGCCGGGCCCCAUCUCCUGGUUCAUCGCGGGCGAGCUGUUCGACCAGCGCGGCAGGUCCAUCGCCAUGGCCUUCGCCAGCAUGCUCAACUGGGGAGGGAAAUUCCUCCUGGCGCUUCUCUUUCCUCCCGUACUGAAAGUCAUCGGCGGCUACUCUUACCUCCUCUUCAUGGUCAUGGCUCUGAUCGGCUUCGUUUUUACCUGGUUCCGAGUUCCCGAGACCAAGGGUCGCACAUUUGAUGAAAUUGCCGAGGCGUUCCGGGGGGCAGAAAACCUUCCUUUGCACGAUAAGAAGGGCUUCAACACCUUCAGCUAAGCGGCUCACUCACCACUGGUGGCCCCGAUUGUUUUUUAGCUAACCAUCCAAAAACGUAGUCGCACUGAGGAACUCAACAAAGACUCAAAAACUGUUACCUGGAACUUUGGGUCUCCUUUAUCUCAAUAGCGUGCACAGACCUACUGGAUGGAAAUGAAUUUUUUUUAAAUGCCAUUCAAGCUAUAUUUGGGAAGUGAUGAAAUGUUUAGAAUAUUUAAAAGACAAAGCGAUGUGGCGGAUGAAUCCUUUAUUGUAUUUUAAAGUAUUGAUGAAGAAUUGAUAAGACACUGGAAUGAGGAGGCAAAGAAGAAAUGUAACCAAAUAAAGUGUCACAAGUAGAACCUGA